UCCGGCUAAGUCACAGAGGUGGAGUUUGUCACGGGUUUCAAGGAAAGAGAAAGAGAACUGCCGUGUGCAGAGGUGUUCUGCUGUGACUGUAUACAGCUGUCUGCCAUGGGAAAAAUAUACUGAUCAACUACAAUGGCACCUGUGCUGCUGGAGUCCGACGCCAAACCGUCCACAGAAGCUUUUCUCCAGGGACUUCAAAGCACAACAACUACAGUUCUACCUUCAUCAUAAAGUGAAGAAAAAAUGCCUCAGUCAAACAUUCAGUACACUAAACUGCGAUGGCUACUAACCAUCGCUGGACUCGUUUUGUAUGUGGUGGACAUUUGGACAGACAUAGGACUGGCUCUGAAAUAUUUUCAAGAGAAACAAUAUGUCUGGACUGGGCUGACUCUAGUGUUUGUUUUGGCUGGACUGCUGGUGACCCAGAUCUUCAGCUAUGCCUGGUAUCGGGACGACACGAAUAAUGUUGUGAUGAACCCGGAGGGAAAAGAAACCAUACUGGGCAUGUCAAAAGGUGGACUUGUCACCCUGCACCUAUUUGGUGUGGGUAUCUUCACCAGGUACUAUCACCUGCUGAAAAAAGGCUUUAAAGUGGUUUGGACGACAACAAAUUCUUAUACACUGGAGCAGAGGAGGGAAGUGUACCACGAUCUGUUUUGCCUGGCUACUGAUCUGAGCAUGCUCAAACUGUUUGAGGCUUUCCUGGAGAGUGUUCCCCAGCUACUUCUACAGCUAUGCAUAGUGCUGAGCCACAAUGAGUGCUCAGUUCUGCAGUAUUUUUCUAUGGGUUUUUCCUUCUUUAAUAUUGCCUGGGCUCUGGUGGACUAUCGCCGCUGCCUGCGCAGAUCCCUCCCCCAUGUCAGGGAGAUGCCCUCUGGCCUCCCCACAACAAUCUACCUCCUGUACAAACUCUGCACCAUCACCAGCCGCAUCCUCAGCUACAGCCUCCUCCUCAUACUGAGCACUUACACCACAGUGGCCCUCACCGUCGUCUGGCUGCUGGCAACAACCUGGACACACUUGCUUAAAACCAACUUCUGCUCAUCCAAAGGCCUCGAACUUAUCUACCGGGCAGUCAUAGGAGCCAUCCUCACAUUCACCUUUUUCAAUGUCAAAGGACAGGACACAAAAGUAGCCAUGAGCAUCUAUUACCUUUUACACAGUCUUAUAAAUAUUAUGGCUCCAUUACUGCUAGCUUUGUUAAGGCCAGAGAUGCAGACUGCCACAUCUUUGCUGACCGUCAGCGGUUUAAUCUUUGGAGGGUCAGUGCUGGGGCUGGUGAAUCUCAUGCUGUAUUACCUCCUACUGCAUCCCAAGGGGGGCAGGCGUGAGGCAGAUGAGGUGGAUGGCCUGGGAUGGGAAACAGAGACCAUGAGGAGAAUGAGGAACUUUGUGCAACCUUUAUGAAGCUGCUUUCAUUCUGAGUCUCACAGAGGGAUAAAUACGUACUUGCUGUGAAUUUGCACAUAAGAAGUCUGUAAAGAGAGCAACCAGAAUAUCAUCUACAACUUGUG